AUGUCCAGCUCGUUUAUCCCGUGUCCGACCACUGACGAUCUCUCCAUCCUCGACCCAGAUUUGCGCGGCAUCAUAGCUCUACUGCCAAAAACUAAUGAAACCGCAGAAUCAUCGGACGUUGUCGUGCAGUUCAUGCGCUCAAUCCCCCCAAGGCCACAUGAAGACCUAAACAUCGUGAAAAAGGAUAUCUUAGUAUCCUUGGAGGAUGCUGCCCCAGAUCAACCACCCACCUCGCUGAGAGUAUACAUACCCAGGAACGCCAGUCCACAUGAUCGCUUACCAGUCUUGAUGUGGUCUCAUCAUGGUGGUUUCUUUUCAAUGGGCCCGCUCCGGUUAGACCCGUUCUGCAGUUCUAUUGCCGUCGCUGCCAACGUCGUUGUUGUGGCUCCUGCGUACCGGCAAACGCCCGAGAACCCAUUCCCUGCUCCUUUCAAUGACGCCUACCAGGUGCUUCGAUGGUUGACCGAAUCCUCCGAGGUAGGCCAGUAUCUCAUCGAUCCCACUCGGGUGGCUGUUGGAGGCACUUCCGCUGGCGCCACAAUCACUGUUGGCAUGUUCCUUCGAUACCGAGACGAAGGGAGAGACAUCUCAAGGAUUCGCCUUCUUGUCCUCGAGGAUGGAAGUUACGUCAACAAGUCAGCAUCCUAUUCGACUUAUCACAACCCUAUCAAUAAACUCUGGAAUGCCAACGUCACCCGGUAUAUGUGGGAGAUGUAUUUACCACAAGGCGUAGAAGGAUUAGACGAACGGACUCUCGGGUACGCUGUGCCCGCUCUCGCGAAAGAUUUAUCGGGUCUUCCGCCCACAAUGGUCCUUUGCGCUCAAUGGGAUGACUUGACCAACGAUGCCAUCGCAUUUGCGCAUCGUUUGUUAGAGUCGGGUGUUUCAACGGAAAUCCAUAACUAUCGGGGCACUUUUCAUGUUGCUGAUAAAUUAGUCCACGACGCCAAGACCAGCAUAAAAAAGCGACAGGAUAUAGUGGAUGCACUGCAAUCCUUGCUUUGA